CUUGUGCGUCAGGAAGGAAGGAGUAGCCUCUCUCCAACAUGGCGGCGACCAUAGACAACAGCAAUGCCGUACAGGCGACAAAGAAAAAGCACCUCGGGAUCCCCGAAGCAGUGUUUGUGGAGGAUGUCGACUCUUUCAUGAAGCAGCCCGGAAAUGAGACGGCAGACUCAGCACUGAGAAAGCUGGACGAACAGUACCAGAAAUAUAAAUACAUGGAGCUCAACCUGUCUCAGAAGAAACUCAGGUUGAAGAACCAGAUCCCACAAAUCACACAGACGCUAGAAAUCCUACGACACAUGCAGAAGAAAAAGGAAACCACAGAGCCCAUGGACACACACUUCCUAUUGGCUGACAGUGUUUACUGCAAGGCCUUAGUGCCUCCCACCGACAAAGUCUGCCUAUGGUUAGGGGCCAACGUCAUGUUAGAGUACGACAUCGACGAAGCCCAGGCUCUGCUAGAGAAGAACUUGUCCACGGCAUCUCGUAACCUAGAGACACUCGAGGAGGAUCUGGAUUUCCUGCGAGACCAGUUCACCACCACCGAAGUCAACAUGGCACGAGUCUACAACUGGGACGUGAAGAGAAGGAGCAGAGAAAACCUCAAAUCAGCCGAGAGCAAGUCUUAAUAUCCAGCGGGAUCCCCUUCUGCUAACAUCUCUCCUCGGUCAAUUAUGAGAAAAAAAAACAAACCCCGUCCCCCAAAUAAUCAUCCAUGUAUGUUCGCCCCAGAGCUUGGCACAUAGAGGGCACGUUUGAAACAUCUCCAGAAGUGAUUUGAACUCAUGGAGGUUGUGUUGAAGGAAUCGAGCGCGCCUCGUGAUUCUGCGCUGGGUUGUCAGCGUGCCCUCUAUCCGGCCGAGCUCACACUUCCACCACUACUGUUUUCUGUUGAUUUGUUACUUUUUAAAGUAUUUUUUCAAGUAAAAACUAACAAAAAAACAAAGGCAACGAGGCAAUUUUUGUAUUCUUUUUAAUGAUUUGAGUAUGUUCCUGUUGUUUUGUUUUGUUUUUUUGUUUCUUGGCAGAUUAUCAGUGAGGGUUCUCUUGCAUCGUCUUUUCCUCUCUGCGUUUUCCCUCCUUGCUGACGUGAAGCGUCUGUUUCUCAUCAGCACUUUCACAUCCAUGUGGGACUUUUAGUUGAGUUAUUGUAAAAACGCAGUUGCCGACACACAGAGUAGAAUCUGGCUCGUAGGGUGAUGUACAUCUCAACAGAAGACGUUUUGCCUUGUGGCUUCAGUUUCCACUUACCGCGGGACUUUUCCCAGUUCAGAGGGAUCAACUGUCGUCCUGCUUCACACCUGCUGCUCCUCCUCCUCCUCCUCCUCCGUCCUUCGACCUCCCACGCUCGACCAUCUCCUCCUCGCCUCUGUCUCUUCCUCCUCUUCCCCCUUUUCUUGCCGCUGUUCUGUCUGUAUUUAUUUGUCUCUCACUGUACUCAUUAAACAAUGAAUGAAGUAAAAGAAGAACACUUGGGCAAAGAGACGAGACCUUGACGUGGUGCUGUGUGUCGUUUGUUUUCUGACGAGGAGGUGAAAGAAACUCGGUUAGAUGCAACAUAUGAAGUAGAGAAAUGGUCCUCAAGUGCAACACAGUGUCGGGGAAGUAGUUAUUAUGCAUUUCAUUCAUUUAUAUCCAAAGCAAGUAUGUUAGAAAGUUGAUUAUGAAAAUUAAACCUAUUUUUAACUUUGUUUAUUGGUGGAUGAACACAUUAAUUUGUAAAGAUUUUUUUACGUCACUCAGUGAAAUGCUUUGUAGUUUAAAUAGGUGAUAGUGGGUUUAUUAAUUGGUGAAUUCUUGUCUUAUUGUGCGGUUAGAUGCUACUAAUUACUUCCAUGACAACGACUUCAUUUUUUUCUAUUAAAGGUGCAGUCUGAGAUUCUGGUAGAUGUUUAGAUACUUGUGUCAUGCUGUCGGAUUAGAGUCGCUGACUUUACCUUCUGUAAAAUGCUUACAGAGGCAAUUUAGUUCAUCUAUUAAUUUCUAAACUUCUUGCUUUAUUGUCCAGUUAGAUGCCAGAUCAUGAAAUGCUUUUCAUUACUUUCUUGCAAACCUCUAUUAACCGACUUCAUAGUAAGCUGCUGAAAUGUUGCAUGUGAUUCUUUUACUUGGAGUUCUUUUUUUUCCUGAACUUUACCCUCUCGUCCUAAAAAUGACUGUUUUCCUUUCACUUGUCUCGUCUUUCCUGCAGAUUGUGACUCUGAUUGAGACGCUAGGGAUCUUUAUUUGAAGGUUUUUGCAGUCAACACAACAUUUAUCGCUGCUCCUCUGACUGAUUGUAAGCAUAUUAGCUGAUGGAGAAUAACCUGUUAAUCAGAUUACUUUGGUUCAGUGUAGAAAUAUAUUUUUUCCUGCUGCCUUAAAAAAAAAUGAGUUCAAUGAACUCAGCUUAGUUGAGCCCUUGAGUCGUGUUUGUUAUAUUUGUUUUCCACUUACUCUGUUGUAAAGAAGCGCAACAACUACUUCUACAUUAACCAGACAAGAGAACAACCACAUGUGAAGAAAAAAAACAAAAAGCGGAGGUUUCUUAUACCAGUCAGGUUUUAUUUUCUUUUCAGUACAUGUAGGUUUGCUGAUAGAUAAGUAGAGGAAGAGAAACUGUCAGCUCUGACCCGGCAGGAUUAAGGACAGUGAUGUACAGAGCUCCCUGUACAGCACAGAGGGUUGAACAGAACAAGUGAAACAUGAUAUUUGUUGAGCUCUUGUGUGAAGACGGGUUACAGGGAGGGCAGGACAAAGCUGCUGUAAUCCAGCAGAUACAUGCUUUUGAGCUCCAGGUCUGACACUGAUGAGAUGUUGCCUGUCAGAGAAAGUCCAGCUGAAGGUGAAGCCAGAUGACAGCCCACCACGGUCCGCCGUUUAUUUCUCCCUCUGUCUUGCUUUAAACUAUGCGUCUGUGUGUAAAGUCAACGAAAAGGAUCAUUUGUCAAGUCUGGUUUGUGCAAUUUGCUUCAAAUAUUCAGACUAAUAAAACCUCCUAUUUCCAAUA